CAGAGCUGAUAUUGCGUUGAUUGGCCUGGCAGUCAUGGGUCAGAAUCUCAUCCUCAAUAUGAAUGAUCAUGGUUUUGUGGUCUGUGCUUUUAACCGGACAGUCUCCAAGGUGGACGAUUUCCUUGCGAACGAGGCCAAAGGCACCAAAGUGAUUGGAGCUCACUCCUUAGAGGAAAUGGUCUCCAAACUGAAGAAACCCCGUCGUGUCAUGCUGCUGGUCAAGGCCGGAAGCGCCGUGGAUGACUUCAUCAACAAGCUGGUGCCGCUGCUUUCUCGCGGGGAUAUCAUCAUCGAUGGAGGAAAUUCAGAAUACAGAGAUACCACGAGACGCUGCAAGGAACUCAAGGAAAAAGGCAUCCUGUUUGUGGGGAGUGGCGUAAGUGGGGGUGAAGAAGGAGCCCGAUACGGACCCUCUCUUAUGCCAGGGGGAGCGAAAGAAGCCUGGCCUCACAUCAAGACAAUAUUUCAGAGCAUCGCAGCCAAAGUUGGGACUGGGGAACCCUGUUGUGACUGGGUGGGAGAUGAAGGGGCUGGACAUUUCGUGAAGAUGGUACACAACGGGAUUGAAUACGGGGACAUGCAGCUGAUCUGCGAGGCUUACCACCUCAUGAAAGACGUGCUGGCCAUGGACCACGACGAGAUGUCCAAGGUGUUCCAGGAGUGGAAUAAGACCGAGCUGGAUUCCUUCCUGAUCGAAAUCACGGCUGACAUCUUGAAAUUCCGCGACACCGAUGGCAAACACUUGCUUCCUAAAAUCAGGGACAGCGCCGGGCAGAAAGGGACGGGAAAGUGGACAGCGAUUUCCGCUUUGGAAUACGGCAUGCCCGUUACUCUGAUAGGAGAGGCUGUUUUUGCCCGGUGUUUGUCUUCACUCAAGGACGAAAGGGUGCAAGCCAACAAACUUUUGAGUGGUCCCAAAACACAAGCAUUUAGUGGGAAUAAAGCAGCAUUUCUGGAAGACAUUCGUAAAGCCCUCUAUGCUUCCAAGAUCAUUUCCUACGCCCAGGGCUUCAUGUUACUGAGGCAAGCCGCCAAGGAGUUUGGCUGGACCUUAAAUUAUGGCGCGAUUGCAUUGAUGUGGCGUGGAGGCUGCAUAAUCAGAAGUGUUUUCUUGGGCAAAAUCAAAGAAGCUUUUGAUCGAACACCUGACCUGCAAAAUUUACUCCUAGAUGUCUUUUUUAAGACAGCAGUGGAAAACUCUCAGGAUUCAUGGCGACGUACAGUUAGCACUGGGGUCCAGAUGGGAAUCCCAAUGCCUUGUUUCACCACAGCAUUAGCGUUUUACGAUGGGUAUAGACAUGGCACUUUGCCCGCUAACCUGAUCCAAGCUCAGCGGGAUUAUUUCGGGGCCCACACCUACGAAUUGUUGUCAAAACCGGGCGAAUUCAUCCACACCAACUGGACAGGGCACGGGGGCAACGUCUCGUCUUCGUCCUAUAACGCCUAGAGGGCAGAAAACCCCAUGAAAGCUACAUAGAGGGAGUCUCCAAACCUUGGGGCAUUCCUGUAGAUGUCCAGUUUUUAGCUUUUAUUUUCUAUUUUCUUUUUGUAAAGACAGUCUUAUGGUGUCUUAGGCAAAAGCCAGAAUAAAGUUGAUGGAAUAAAAUGGUAUUCUGCUGAAAUAAA